GAGCUAUCGAAGACACCGUCGCAGGAAUCGUUAAAAAGCGGUGACUCUCAAGCGAGUACAGUGAAUAGUACGGAAGUUGUGGAUGAACAACACGAUAAAAAACCAACAUCCACAACAGUUACGGCAUCGUCGUAUCCAACCAAGGAUAUGGCUAAUCUGAGGCGUAGAUCACAGAUUUCUCGAAGCACUCGUCGCGGUACCGGUCCGAUCUCGUUUGAAGAGGUGCAGUCAGCAUUGGAUGCGAUCUCAACUCCUCCGAAGGAUCAGUCACAACAACAAGUCACCGAGGGUGUGAGCAGUCUAAAUGCACCAUCCACAUCCUACACGAACACA